ACCAUACUGAAGUUGACCGGAAAUCAUCAGUAUAUUUGGCGCCAGUUUACAAAAGCUAGCUAGACAAAAGGAAAACGUGUCCUGUGUCUUUUUAUUUUGGAUUAACUUUUAUUAUCUCGUUCAAGCUAUUGUACACAAUGGUCAUGGAGGAGGCAAGCAAACUCAUCGGCACUGGGAAGAGACAUCUCGUCAUGGGGGAUGCGGUUUCAGCAGUCAACGUCCUUCAGGAAGCCUGCGGGAUGCUAGCCAAAAAGUACGGUGACACAGCAGAUGAGUGUGGGGACGCUUUCUUCCUAUGUGGUAAAGCUCUCCUGGAGUUGGCCAGGAUGGAGAACGGUGUAUUGGGGAAUGCCCUGAUGGGGGUUCCUGAAGAAGAGGAGGAAGUAGUUGAGGAUGAAAAGAAGCCUAAGGACUCUAACAUUGAAAGCACAGAGAAUGUUGAUGAGAAGACCAGGGAUGAGCUCAGAGUUCAGGUCUACGAUGCCAUGGCAGAAGAAGAGAAGAACGGCGAGAAAAAUGGCGAUUUGGAUACACACAAAAACUCGGCGGAGGAAACGGGAGGGGAGAAGGAGGAACAGCCCGACGAUGACCGUGCUGACGAAUCUGAGGCGGCUAAAGACGGGGAGAAAGUCUCCAAAGAGGAAGACAAUGUGGAGGACGAAGGGACGAAGGGGUCUUUGGACAAUGAGGAGGAAGAUGAAGACGGUGACGAUGAAGGGGAAGGAACUGAAGAGAAGGAGGACAUACCGGAGGACAGUGAUGAUGAGGAAGUGGGCAACCUGCAGUUAGCCUGGGAGAUGCUGGAAGUGGCCAAGGUCAUCUACAAAAGGAAAGAGAGUAAGGAGGACCAGCUCCAGGCAGCCCAGGCCCAUCUCAAACUGGGAGAAGUAGCAGCUGAAGCAGGUAACUACAAACAGGCAGUGGAGGACCUCCAGGAGUGUCUGGCACUGCAACUGAAGCAUUUGGCCUCGGACUGCCGUCUUCUGGCCGAGACACACUACCAGCUGGGACUCACCCUCUGCUCUGACUGUCAGUACAGCCAGGCCAUCGAACACUUCAGCCACUCUGCCAGGGUCAUCACCAGCAGACUAUCCAAGCUUCAGGAACGGUUGGAGAAGGCCGAAGAGCACGAGGCAACCCCUGAAGAGAGGAAGGAGAUGGAGGAGUUGAAGGCUCUGCUGCCAGAGAUCCUGGAGAAGGUGGAGGAUGCCAACUUGGGACAGAAGAUGGCUGCCGUGGCUGCUGCAGGAGCUGUAAUGCAGGAGACAGUGGCCGGUGGUUCAGUGUUUCCAGCCCCAAGUGGAAGUUCUCAAAGCGGUGGGACGUCUGCAUCUUUGAUUCAGGUCAGAUCCAACAAGGUAAACGCCUCCUCGACGUCUCCAGCCUCUGACAUCUCACACCUGGUCAGAAAAAAGAGGAAACCAGAGGACAGCCCAGUAAAGGAGAUUGGCUGUAAAAAGGCCAAACCGGAGACUUGUGUAAAUGGAAAUGGAGACCUCAGCAAAGCCAACGGUGUCAUGGACAAAAUGGAAGAAGAGAGCCAAUAAAGUGCUGGUGAUGGCCUGAUGUCACAUCCCAAAUUUGUCUUCACAUCUGUCUUGUGCAGAUGAAGUUGUAAAUAUGUUGUGUUCCUUUUGGCUGAUUGUAAAAAAAUAAUAAUAAUAAAGUGUUCCAGAUGAAAGUUAAUAAAGAGUAUGUAGUU